GGAUGUCAUUGAAAUGUCAAAAAGACGUUCGUUAUCAGCACUUUUAGUCCAGUUCCGAUCACGUCGAACUUUCUCUACUCGUAUAAUUCAUCUAAAAGCUAUGGAGCCUAAAGUGAGCCUUAGAAAUGACCCAGCAUAUCAAAAACUGCAAGAAUAUUAUAACGCAAACGCAGAAAAAAUAAACAUUUUGCAACUAUUCCAAGAUCCCGGCCGCUUCAAUGAGUUCAGCCUACGCAUUCCCACACCAAGUGAUGGUGACAUUCUUCUGGACUAUUCCAAGAACAGAGUGGACAAGGAAGUUAUGGGUCUGCUAUUCAAUCUGGCCAAGAGCCGCAAUGUGGAACAAGCCAGGGAUGCUAUGUUCACCGGUGAAAAGAUAAACUUCACGGAGAACCGUGCGGUAUUGCACAUUGCGCUCCGUAACCGCCAGAACCGGCCUAUCUUGGUGAACGACAAGGAUGUCACUCCCGACGUGAACGCCGUGUUGAAACACAUGAAGGAGUUCUCACACCAGGUCAUCAGCGGAGAAUGGAAAGGAUACACCGGCAAGUCGAUUACGGAUGUGGUUAACAUUGGCAUCGGCGGCUCGGACCUCGGCCCGCUGAUGGUCACCGAGGCGCUCAAACCUUAUGCCAACCACCUCAAGGUCCACUUCGUGUCCAAUAUUGAUGGGACCCACCUGGCUGAGGUGCUAAAGAAACUAAACCCUGAGACGGCGCUGUUCAUCAUCGCGUCCAAGACCUUCACCACCCAGGAGACCAUCACCAACGCCACCUCCGCCAAGAACUGGUUCCUCGACGUCGCUAAGGAUCCCUCAGCAGUGGCGAAGCAUUUCGUAGCGCUGUCCACUAACGGCGAGAAAGUGACUGCUUUCGGCAUCGACUCUAACAAUAUGUUCGGGUUUUGGGACUGGGUUGGUGGCAGAUAUUCUCUAUGGUCUGCUAUCGGUCUGUCUAUCUCCCUCUAUAUCGGAUAUGACAACUUUGAGAAGCUUCUAGAAGGAGCCAACUUCAUGGACCAGCAUUUCACAUCCGCCCCGCUUGAGAAGAAUGCGCCAGUGAUCCUAGCUCUGCUCGGCGUCUGGUACAGCAACUUCUACGGCGCGGAGACACACGCGCUGCUGCCUUACGACCAGUAUUUACAUAGAUUCGCAGCAUACUUCCAGCAAGGCGACAUGGAGAGUAACGGCAAGUAUGUGACCCGCUCGGGGGCACAAGCGGACUACUCCACCGGACCCAUCGUGUGGGGAGAGCCCGGGACCAACGGGCAGCACGCCUUCUACCAGCUCAUACACCAGGGCACCAGAUUGAUACCGUGCGACUUCAUUGCGCCGGCGCAGUCGCACAACCCGAUCUCGAACGGGUUGCACCACAAGAUCCUGCUGGCCAACUUCUUAGCGCAGACUGAAGCUCUCAUGAAGGGCAAGACAGCUGAGGAGGCUAAAGCGGAAUUGGAGAAGUCAGGCAUGGCUCCCGAGGCGGUGGCGAAGAUUCUCCCUCACAAAGUGUUUAAAGGCAAUCGCCCCACCAACUCGAUAGUCGUGAAGAAAGUAUCCCCAUUCACUCUUGGGGCUUUGAUUGCCCUAUACGAACACAAGAUCUUCACGCAAGGAGUGAUCUGGGACAUUAACUCGUUCGACCAGUGGGGAGUCGAGUUGGGCAAGCAACUCGCCAAGGCCAUUGAGCCAGAACUGCAGGACAGUAACCCAGUAUCUUCUCAUGACGCCUCCACCAACGGCCUCAUAAACUUCUUGAAGGAAAACUUCUAAUUACUGACUGUAUGACGUCAUUCGAACAAAUAUGUUUCGUUACGGUAUUAUUUUAAUGCUAUAUUUUAAAAUAUUGAUAUUUUAAUAUACAUGAAAAAAAUCUUUGUACGCCUUUAUAAGCAUAUUGACAUAAUUAAAGCGAGGGCAAAAAAAUAAAAUUUAUGAAUAAUAUAGUCGAAAUUCGAUGUAUUUAUUUAUUAUUUAGAACUUUGAAUAUUUUUUCUUUUAAAAAUGACGUCACAUAAUCGUUUUGUAGACAAUUAUUUAAGUUCAUGUCUCAUUAUUUAUUAAGUGUAGUAAUGUAGUGAUCGUUCGAUACUUUUGUGUAUCGCGUGAUAUCUCACUUAAUGAAGCUUAAUAUCGCUCGGCCUUUGUAUUAUCGUCGCUAAGUCACUAUGACAUAACUUUUAAUGUAAUUUUUCACAAUGUCCAUAAAUGGCAUUAAUACUAACAAAGUGAAUAUCAAGUAUCUAAAUACAAAUAUUUUGUCGUCUUUAUAAUAUGAAUCAGUAAUCUUAAAAGUGUAUUUAAAAUAACUUUGAUAAAUCCAUUCAAAAAUAAAUUGAUCAAGUUUUGAAAUCUGGUAGUAGCGAUAACUGUUAAAUAACAGAAUAGGAUGCACGUAGUAAGCCAUGACGUCACCGGGUGUAACGUUAUGGGUCUAAAAAAGAGAUAGCGAGAUCCCCCCACAUCGACUGUUGUUUACGGCCAUAUUUAAAUUAAAUACUUGCCUUUUUAUUCAAGCAAUUUUGGUUGUGUUUUCACAUUGCUUUUCGUAUUAUAUUUUGUUAUAAGUAAUGCACAAAAAAAACAGGAAGUCCUUAUUUAGAAUUUUGAACUCAUUUUGAACUUCACUUUGCUCUACCUUAGAAAACUUUGCGACGAGGUUGUAUCUUCAAUAUGAUUCUCACAA